AUGAAUAGUAAUGAACUGGAUCUAAGAAAUAAAUAUUUUUAUGAGAUAUUCGGUAAGAAAAGAAAAUCAGAUACUUCAACCCCUACUCAGUUGUUCUCCGGCUCCAAAGUUCAGACAAACAUCAAUGAAAUUUCUAUCACUAACGAUGAGGAUGAAGAUAGUACUGAAGAUGAAAAUAAGGCUUCAUUGAAGGAUUAUACACUAGGGCACGACACCGGUGCACGGUAUAGGAUAGCACCGGACUGUUCUUCCCACCAAUUAAAGGCAUCUCCUGUCCUACAUAUUUCAACAAACCUUAAUUCAAGUCCACAAUCCUUCACAGGCGAUCAGAUUUCACCUACUAAUAAAAAAAUUUCAAUAAAUGAUUCGACCAGACAAGAUAAAGGUAACAGUUGCACUACCACUUCAUCACCUUCUCAAAAAAGAUCGAAUGUUUUGCUUCCUCACGUAAGAAAACAUUCAUCUCCUUCACUAUUAUCAUUUUCCAAAAACAGUGGCAGUCAUAUGGGGGAUCCAAACCAGCUAUCUACGCCUCCAACUCCCAAAAGUGCAGGUCACACGAUGGAGUUACACAGUUCAUUCAAUGGAAAACAUAGUUCUUCUAGCACCUCUUCUUUAUUUGCAUUAGAGUCACUGAAAACCCAAAAUAGACGCUCAUCAAACUCUUCCAAUCAUUCUAGUCAAUAUCGACGCCAUACUAAUCAACACCAACGUCAUCAUUCAAGGUCCAAAUCAAGUCCUGUCUCUCUGACGGAAAUAUCCAUGAUCAAAGGCACGCCUUUGGUUUAUCCUGCACUUUUAUCACUAAUAGCAAUUAAAUUCAAACAGACCAUCAAAUUGAGCACGCAUAAAAAGAUGGGGUUACUUUACAGAGAUUCCUUUACAGGAAAACAAGCAAUUGAUACUUUAUGCUUGAUCAUAGGAAGCUUAGAUCGUAAUUUGGGCAUGUUGAUCGGAAAAUCGCUGGAAGCUCAAAAAUUGUUCCAUGACGUACUUUAUGACCAUGGCGUAAGAGAUUCUGUACUGGAGAUUUACGAGUUAUCUUCAGAAUCAAUUUUUAUGGCACAUCAGUCGCAGAGUUCUACUUCAAUUGCCAACACAUUUUCUUCAUCAUCUUCUUCAGUUAAUUCGCUCCGUACUAAAACUGAAAUAUAUGGUGUUUUUGUCCCAUUGACACAUUGUUAUUCCUCUACAUGCUCUCUGGAAAAACUUUGCUACUCUAUUUCUUGCCCCAAUCGUUUGCAACAACAGGCUAAUUUACAUUUAAAAUUAGGUGGUGGUCUUAAGAGAAAUAUUUCGUUAGCACUCGAUAAGGAGGAUGAUGAACGAAUUUCCUGGACAAAUUCUGUACCAAAGAGCGUAUGGGAAUCAUUAUCCAAACAACAAAUCAAAAGGCAGGAGGCAAUAUAUGAGUUGUUUACUACAGAAAAGAAGUUUGUAAAAUCUUUGGAAAUCAUCCGAGAUACUUUCAUGAAGAAAUUAUUAGAAACGAAUAUUAUUCCAUCUGAUGUAAGGAUAAAUUUUGUAAAGCACGUUUUCGCACAUAUCAAUGAAAUAUAUUCUGUCAAUAGAGAAUUUUUGAAGGCUUUAGCACAAAGGCAAUCAUUAAGCCCAAUUUGUCCUGGAAUUGCAGAUAUAUUUUUGCAGUAUCUUCCUUUCUUUGAUCCUUUUCUGUCAUACAUAGCAUCAAGACCAUACGCAAAGUAUCUAAUUGAAACCCAAAGAUCAGUUAAUCCCAAUUUUGCUCGUUUUGACGAUGAAGUGUCUAAUUCUUCCCUGAGGCAUGGGAUCGAUUCAUUCCUAUCUCAGGGUGUUUCAAGACCUGGUAGAUAUUCACUGUUGGUAAGAGAAAUAAUACACUUCUCGGACCCAGUAACAGACAAAGAUGAUCUACAAAUGCUAAUGAAAGUCCAAGAUCUUUUAAAGGAUCUAAUGAAAAGGAUUGAUAGAGCAAGCGGUGCAGCACAAGAUCGUUAUGACGUUAAAGUGUUAAAGCAGAAAAUUCUAUUCAAAAAUGAAUACGUUAAUCUGGGUUUGAAUAACGAAAAAAGGAAAAUCAAGCAUGAAGGUUUACUCUCAAGGAAGGACGUGAACAAAACAGAUGCGUCCUUUUCAGGAGACAUUCAAUUUUACCUACUCGACAAUAUGCUAUUAUUCUUGAAAUCAAAAGCUGUAAACAAGUGGCACCAACACACUGUAUUUCAGAGACCAAUUCCACUCCCUUUACUGUUUAUUUGUCCGGCUGAGGAUAUGCCACCCAUAAAAAGAUAUGUGACAGAAAACCCAAAUUGCUCAGCGGGUGUGCUCUUACCCCAAUAUCAAACGAGCAAUCCCAAGAAUGCUAUUGUAUUCGCCUAUUACGGUACGAAACAACAAUAUCAAGUUACUUUGUACGCGCCGCAGCCGGCCGGAUUACAGACAUUAAUAGAAAAGGUGAAACAAGAGCAAAAAAGGCUCCUUGAUGAAACUAAACAUAUUACUUUUAAGCAAAUGGUAGGUCAAUUCUUUCACUCAUACAUAAAUACUAAUCGCGUCAACGAUGUCCUAAUCUGUCAUGCUGGUAAAAUUUUAUUGGUUGCAACAAAUAUGGGACUCUUUGUUCUUAAUUAUGCUACAUCGAUCAAUCAAAAACCAGUGCACCUUCUGCACAAAAUAUCAAUUUCACAGAUCUCUGUAUUGGAAGAAUAUAAAGUUAUGAUUCUUCUAAUUGACAAAAAACUGUACGGCUGUCCUUUAGACGUAAUCGACGAUGCAGAAAAUGCAGAUUUUCUUUUCAGAAAAAAUUCUAAAGUGUUAUUUAAAUAUGUUGCAAUGUUCAAAGACGGUUUCUGUAAUGGUAAAAGAAUCAUUAUGAUUGCACAUCAUUUUUUGCACGCCGUACAAUUAUUGAUUGUUAAUCCUUUGAUAUUUGAUUUUAAUAGCGGUAAUUUUAAAAAAAACCUAAAGGCAGGCUUGGUAGAUUUUAGCGUUGAUUCUGAACCUCUGUCCUUUUCUUUUUUGGAGAAUAAGAUCUGCAUUGGUUGUAAAAAAAAUAUCAAAAUAUUAAACGUACCGGAAGUGUGUGAUAAAAAUGGAUUUAAAAUGAGGGAGCUUUUAAAUCUACAUGAUAACAAAGUUUUAGCGAACAUGUAUAAAGAGACGUUCAAAGUAGUUUCCAUGUUUCCGAUAAAAAAUUCAACUUUUGCAUGUUUUCCAGAACUCUGCUUUUUUCUCAAUAAGCAAGGGAAGAGGGAGGAGACAAAGGGAUGUUUUCAUUGGGAGGGGGAACCAGAACAGUUCGCGUGUUCCUACCCUUAUAUUGUGGCAAUUAAUAGUAACUUUAUUGAAAUUAGACAUAUAGAAAAUGGAGAACUUGUCCGCUGUGUACUUGGAAACAAGAUACGUAUGUUAAAAUCAUAUGCCAAGAAGAUCUUAUAUUGUUAUGAGGAUCCUCAAGGAUUUGAAAUUAUCGAACUGUUAAAUUUUUGA